GACGUGGUUUAAAGUCUGGUGAUAAUUUCAAAUUAUUAUUUGACUUAGCGGAUAAGAUAGGAGCUGCAGUAGGCGCUUCUAGAGCCGCGGUAGAUGCUGGAUUUUGCCCAAAUGAUAUGCAAAUCGGUCAGACAGGGAAGAUUGUUGCACCUGAACUCUAUAUUGCUGUUGGAAUAUCUGGAGCAAUUCAACACUUAGCUGGAAUGAAAGAUUCUAAAACUAUUGUUGCAAUCAAUAAAGAUCCAGAGGCACCCAUAUUUCAAGUUUCAGACUUUGGUUUAGUAGCUGAUUUAUUUAAAGCAGUUCCAGAGUUAACUGGAAAGCUUUAGUAGCUAAUUACUAUAAUUGGCAGCUGUACAAGUAUUGUGCAGGUGUAUUAAUUUUAAUACAAAACCCAUUUUAAUGUGCCUAGGAAUAUGAACACUUUCUAUUAGCUCUGAAUUUUUGGUCAAAUAGCUGUGAUAAGAUUGUAAAUUCAAUAUAAUAUAACAUUGUAUUAUGA